AUGUCUGCUCGCUCCGCCACCCCUGCGUCGACGCCUUCGCUCGUCAACCGCCGCCUCGCCUCGCUGCUCGUGGUCCUCGAGGCUCCACCGACUGCCGACGCCGCGCUCGAUGUGGUCGAAGAGUGGGCACAAGACUUGUCGCCGCUCGUGCUCGCCUAUCGCAAGGCCUUGGGUGCCAUCCGCGACGAGGAGACGGAGCUGCGCGUUGCCGCCGCCGUCAAGCAACUCGCCGAGCGGGCGUCGGAGUCCUGGGUCGAGUGGGCGCGCGGGGACUGGCCCGAGCUUGCGACCGCCAUCGACGCCGAGAAGCGCCUCGCCGAGGAGGAAGCACAACGCGUCGAAGAGGCCGUGAAGCGUGCGAAGGCCGCCGAGGACCGUCGCCUCGAAGACGAACGGCGUCGGAAGGAGGAAGAGGAACGGCGCCUCGAAGAUGAACGUCGCGCGCAAGAGGCCGCCGAUGAGGAGUUGGCGAGGAUCGCGGCCGCCGAGGGGCUUCUUGAUAAGGGGAAAGGGCGCGCUAGAGUCGACGAGGAGGUCGCCGAACUGUCGGACGACCCUUCAAUCAUAAGUAAGACUCCUCGGACGGUCGAACGUCCGUUCGCAAUGACCGAGGUCGACAUGGCCACCGUGGCGAUGGAGAAGCGCGAGGCCGGACAGAAGCUACCGCUCGGCCCCGGUCGAUUGCGUGUGGGGCGCUUCUUCGAACCACUCGAGUCCGCGACCGAAGGCCCAGGAGAGCGUUCUCGGCGAGUCGACGAGCCUCCACGACCCCUUCUACGACGGCCUCUCGAUGGGGCCAGCCGCCUGGGCCUCGAACAGGACGACCUCGACGCGCUCGACCUCGACGACGAAUCUCGGGGGAUAAUUCGCGUCAUCCGCGAGGAGCGCGCUCACAUCGCGCGCCGUCGAGCGCUCCUCCAUGACAUGGACGUCGACCUCCAGAAGAUGGAGAAGGCCGCGCUUGCGAAGGGAGGGAUCGGUUUCGUGCGCGGGGCUGUAGACGAUGAGUAG